AUGAUAUCUACGAGUCGUCAGCUGGCAGUUGCGGAUAACAUUGUGUACCUGUGGCCGACCUUUGCUGGAUUCGUCAAAGCACAAUCGACGCAUAUCACUGCCGCAACCCGCGAACCGAGCGACCCCAAGCCGCCCACCAUGAUUGCGGCACAUCCGCCCAACUUGAGCGAGUAUCGCAAUCGCAUGCUGGAGGUCUGGAAAGAAGCCUUGUCCAACGGAUGCCGCCCCGAGGAGCUGAUCCCAGAGGAGAUGCAGGACCAUUUCCUCACGAAGCUCCGCAACGCGGAAUCCCUGGUCAAGGAUCUCCAAGAGCGAGAGAAACUCCUAGAAGCCGAGAAGGCAGAACUGGAGAGGGCGCUGGCGGACGAGAAACAGAAAGUAGAAGAUAUGCCGGAGGAACACAAGCAGCUGAUCGUAGAUAAGCAGCAACUCGAGCGCCAUGUUGAGUGCUUGAGGAUCGCCUUGGAAAGCGAGGAGAAGCGCGCUAUCAACUUCGAGAAGCGCUAUAAGGCGGUUACGGAACGCCUGGUGGUCGCUGAUAACCAUAAAGCGAAGGUCGAGGCUCAAGCCGCGGAGAUCGAGCGUUUGGAAGACAAGGUGCAUAGAUUGUAUGAGGAGAAGGAUCAACUCCAUGAGCUCAAUAACGAUCUCGUCAACAAGAACGAGUCCGGCUUUCGGGAACAGCUUGGCCAUCUGCGCGAGGCGCUUCACGAGGCGGAUCAGCGUGAGCAUCAGCUGCAGAAUGAGAUCAUGUCCUUGAAGCGGAUCGAGACUGUAUACAAUGAACUGGUUGCGAGCCUGGAAUCUCAGCAGCUACUAACCGAAGAUCAAAUGGUGAAGGAAAAGGUUCAUAACCGCCAGAACGCGCAGCUCAAUAUUGCUGCAGUCUCGGAGAUCAAGACUAUAACCAAGUACUUCAUAUUCGCCCUGAAAGCGCUCAAUUCGCAUGCCACAAUCAUCGAGACGUUAUUGGGAGGCUCGAACAAGUAUCUCUGGCUUCCUGACGACCACAACAAGAACAUGCAGGACGCUGCGGACCAGCUGGCUGGGUUUGUGGAUAUCCGAACUGCGAUUGACGACGAAUACGAUCCGGAUCCUGAGGAAUAUGAGGAGACACUCGAGGAGGUGGAUAAGGCAGUGCAGGUAUUCUUGGGGAAGCUGCAGCGCAAGCCGGAUAGGUGGGCGUCGUUCAUGGCGAAGUUCAGCCCAGGGAAAUUGCAAGGCGGUACUCGAUUCUGCGCCGCCUCUUUGUAG